AUGGAGCAUCAAGAACUCGUGGAAUCGCCGCGCAAGCGCCAGAAGACCGAAGCCGUCGCUGCUACUGAUGGCGCAGCAGAUGCGCUGCCGGAAACCUGUGCCCCCCCGGUCGAGAAUGCCCAGACAUUGAAGGAGCUCGGAGUCGGUAUCACCGAGUUCGUGACGGCCAGCAAUGAAGGAUUUUCGGGUAUUCUGAAGAAGAGAUACACUGACUUCCUGGUCAACGAGAUCUUGCCUUCCGGCGAAGUCUUGCACCUGCGAACCACCACCCCUCCCAAUUCUACGAAGCAGCCUGAGCAGCCAAAGGAACCAGUGCCGGAACCCGAAGAGUCUGCACAAGAGGAAACCCCGACCGAGUUCAGUGUAUCCGAGGAGGACAAUGCGCUGCUGACAGAAUACCUGGGCGCCGACAAUGCUAUUUCAAUUAUCGACCUCCACAAGCGCGCCAUGUCAUCACCAAAAGGAAGACCCUCCGAGUUCGGCAAGGUCACUGUUACCGUUUCCGACCGAGAACUGCGUACCAAGAUCCACCAGACUCUCCGCCGCAUCUUCAAUGCGCAACUCGAGUCCUCCACCGACGGCGAUGGUAAUCUCGAUAUCACCGCGGCCAACAACCGCUUCAAGCGUAAGCCCUCGGGCGCACGUCUUCGUGGUGGUCGCGCCUCUGACGGCGGUCGUAUGAGCUGGGAUGAGCUUGGUGGCCAAUACCUGCAUUUCACUCUUUACAAGGAAAACAAGGACACGAUGGAGGUGAUCUCGUUCAUUUCGCGCACCAUGAAGACCAACCCGAAGAGCUUCCAAUUUGCCGGAACCAAGGAUCGACGUGGUGCGACCGCUCAGCGUGCAUGCGUAUUGCGUGCACACGCGGAGCGUCUGGCUAAUAUCAACAAGACUCUUCGCAACGCUGUCCUGGGUGACUUCGAGUAUUGUAAGAACGGCCUGGAGCUUGGUGACCUUGGCGGAAACGAAUUCGUCAUUACCCUACGUGAAUCCGAGAUCCCGGGCGUUGAUCUGAAAGACCCCCAGGCUACGAUUGCCAAGGCCACUGAACUGGUCGGAACUUCGCUGAAGAACCUCCGCGAGCGAGGAUACUUCAACUACUAUGGUCUUCAGCGCUUCGGCUCCUUCACAACCCGCACCGAUACAGUUGGUGUCAAGAUUCUGCAAGACGAUUUUCAGGGAGCUGAGGGCGAGUCCUCGACAGCACCUAUUAGCUCGGAUGACAAGGCGCGCGCUGAGGCCAUUAACCUUUUCCAAACCACCGGAGGCAUUAAUGAUGCUUUGGCUAAGCUCCCGAGGAAGUUUUCCGCCGAGGCCAAUAUCAUUCGUCACCUUGGUAAAAGCAAGAAGGACUACCUUGGCGCGCUGCAGACUAUUCCACGCAAUCUGCGCUUGAUGUACGUUCACGCAUACCAAUCACUGGUUUGGAACUACGCAGUCAGCCAGCGCUGGCGUCUCUACGGUGAUCAGGUUGUCGAAGGUGAUCUGGUUAUUGUUCAGGAGCACCGCGAUAAGGAAGCGUCCGCCCCUGAGCCUGCUGGUAACAUUGACGCGGAUGGCGAGAUUAUUGUUAGGCCCGAGGGCGAUGAUAGUGCCGCCGCCGCCGAGGACAUGUUCACACGGGCGCGCGCCUUGACAGCCGAAGAGGCCGCAAGCGGAAAGUACAGCAUCUUUGACGUCGUGCUCCCUCAGCCUGGCUUCGACGUGAUUUACCCUGCCAACAAGAUGACCGAUUUUUACCGUGAAUUCAUGGGCAGCGAGAAGGGUGGUCAUCUCGACCCCUUCAACAUGCGCCGCAAGUGGAAGGACGCCAGUCUCAGCGGAGGCUACCGCAAGAUCUUGAGCCGCAUGGGCGCUGACUACUCUGUCGAGGCGAGACUCUACUCCGAAGACAACGAGCAGUUCGUGCAAACGGAUCUGGAGAAGAUGCGAGGCGCCGUCGAAGAAAAGACAUCCGAGCUCCAGGGCGAUAAGCUGGCUGUUGUGCUGAAGUUCCAAUUCAGGAUCGAGCCAGUAUGCGACCAUGGCUCUUCGUGA